UGAAUGCAUUAGUUUCGGCUGAGGACGUGAGCUAGACUAGGACAGUGGUUAGUGACCUAAGAGUAGUGUUAGCAACAUUUUGAACAUACGGACCCAGAUGGGAUUGGCAAGGAGAACAAUCGCUGCGAUCAUAAUCACUGAAGCAAUAAAGUGUGGCGAAAGUGCCGGUGUCCCCCAAAAUGAUAAUCUGUAUCAGCGGCGCGGCGGGGUGACGCAACGCGGCGAGCGCCGCAGCAUCAGUGGCCGCUGCGCUCCCGGCUGCAACGAUCUACAACUAGUUAUUUAUUUUAUCCACGACUCAAGUGCCAUUCGAAAACUCAUUGUGAUUUAAUGUGAUAUUAUUUUUAUUUAUAACAUUGGAGUGUUUACAUAAACAGACAAAAUGCAUUCCCGGGAAGUUCUGUCGAUGUUGGUGUUCACAAUCGGACUUUUAAGUUCAGCCGAAGGUCAAUCACUAGCAUGCCCAGCGGUGCGCACCAGCAGCGGCUGGCUGGACCUGUUCCCGCUGCCGUGCAAGAAGCACGCGGAGUGCCGCAGCGUCAUGGGUCCGCAGCACCUCUGCUGCAAGGGCUUCUGCACCAAGGGCGUCGCCGCCUCCGCUGCACAACGAGCCAACGACACGAAGGGUAGAGUAGUCGAGCCAAGCACAAGCACCACCACCAGCACCAGCACAACAUCAACCACAACAACUACGACAACAACAACAACAACAACUACAACUCCAAGUACCACCAGCUCGACCACCACCACCACCACGACCACGACCACGCCGGCUCCGACCACGACCGCGGCGCCGCGGCCCUUCCUGCAGCUGCUGCCCAUAGUACAGACCACGCCGGCUGUGAAAACAAAGUCCUCUAAGUCAGGCUCUGACAUAACGGCUGACGUAACUUAUUCUCAUACACGCAACACCGCGAGUGUUUACGAGUAUAAUGUGGAUUACUCGAGCGCAGGCAAGGCGCAGAAGCUGGCGUGCCCGAAGCAACUGCCUCUGGAGUUGUUCCCGAUCCCGUGCGAGAGCAACGCGCAGUGCCGCAGUGCGCCGGGGCAGGUCUGCUGCGAGAAGCGCUGCGUCAAGGGCGUGUCGGCGCCUCGCCCUGCGCCCAAGCCCAAGUCACAUCAACCACUGCUGGGCGUGAUACCCCGCGAGUGCCCGACGACGCCUCUGGGCGAGCUGCUAUUCGAAGUGCAGUCGUGUAAGACUGACGCCGACUGCUGGCCGCGCAUCUGCUGCCCUGAUGGCACGCGCUCCUACUGCCGCACCGCUAAAGCGCGCUUGGACCUUGUGCCUGUUGCCAACCAGAUUGACGGCCCCGUGAGGAUGCUGGAGCAAUAUCUGCAGUGCACUCCGCCGCCCAAACAAGAACUGUUCCCGCAGCGCUGCAGCUCAAGCGUGGACUGCUUCCCCAACCUGUGCUGCGCCGAGGGCGGCAAGAAGCACUGCCGCCCGCCCCAGCGCAGUCUACUAGCACUGCUUGCUGGAGUCACCCAGAGAGUUGGAUCUUCUUUAGUGAGUCUACGGCAAGGAUCAAAUAAUAAAGUGUAAUUGUGAAUAAACUCUAAGUGAUUGUUAAUUUGUUAGUUUUGAUACUAGAUGUUUUGUAUUUUUUAUACUUUUGUACAGAUAAAAUUAUUAUCAUAGGUA